CGGGCGCUUUUGAAGCCGCCCACGGGUAGCUGCCUCCCCGCGGCCAGGCAGACAAGCUCGGAGCAGGCGGUGAGGCCAUGAGCCGCAGCGGCGGAGAAACGCUAGGGAAGCUCCUGAGGGCGCAGGCCUUCCGCUUGCCCGGCCGCCACGGCUACGCAGUAGAGUUUUCGCCGUACCUGCCGGGGCGUUUGGCCUGCGCUACCUCGCAGUAUUACGGGAUUGCAGGUUGUGGAACUCUAGUAGUAUUGGAACAAAAUGAAUCUGGACUUCAUCUUUUCAGGAGUUUUGACUGGAACGAUGGGCUAUUUGAUGUGACAUGGAGUGAAAACAAUGAACAUGUGCUGGUCACUUCUAGUGGAGAUGGAUCUUUACAGAUCUGGGAUACAGAAAAACCUGCAGGUCCACUGCAGGUCUACAAAGAACACACUCAAGAGGUCUAUAGUGUUGACUGGAGUCAGACCAGAGGAGAACAGCUAAUAAUAUCUGGAUCAUGGGAUCGAACAGCAAAGUUGUGGGAUCCUGAAGUGGGACAGCCAUUGUGUACAUUCAGAGGUCAUGAAGGUGUCAUUUAUAGCACCAUAUGGUCUCCACAUGUCCCUGGCUGCUUUGCCUCUACCUCAGGUGACCAAACUCUAAGAAUUUGGGAUGCAAAGUCACCAGGAUUCCCAGUGAUAAUUCCUGCUCACCAAGCUGAGGUUUUAAGUUGUGAUUGGUGCAAAUAUGAUCAGAACUUGCUUGUAACAGGUGCUGUUGACUGCAGUUUGAAAGGCUGGGACUUGAGAAACAUCCGGCAACCUAUAUUUAGUCUGUUCGGGCAUACGUAUGCGAUAAGAAGAGUGAAAUUUUCACCAUUUCAUCCCACUACAUUGGCUUCUUGUUCCUACGAUUUCACUGUGAGAUUUUGGGAUUUCUCCAAGCCUGACCCUCUGCUUGAAACUGUGGAGCAUCAUACGGAGUUUACUUGUGGCCUAGAUUUAAGCUUGCACUAUUCAGGUCAGGUGGCAGACUGUGCUUGGGAUGAAACUGUGAAGACCUAUUGUCCAUCUUCAUUGGUAGUUCCUGCAUAGAAAGAUUUCUCAAUAGCAAAGGACUGAUUUAGAAGAAAUUAUUUUAAUUUUCUUGGGCAACACGAUCUGCCAUGAUAUGCCUUACUAACAAUGUUAGGUUUUAAAAUGAACUUUGACGUUUCAAAUAUGUGAUUAAGGACAGAUUCAUAUAACUUCUUUCAUAGAACCUGGUCAACAAAAUGAUCACACACUGUGUAUAGCAUAUACAAUAAUUAUCUAAAUUAUGAGCAGGCGACUUAGUAACCUCCAGAUGUUUUGUCUAUAGCUCUUAACAGUCCCAGAUAGCAUGACUACUGUCAAGAGAUGGUGGAAAUUGUAUUCCAAGACAUCUGAAGGGCACUAUAACUAUUCCUGUUGUAAAUAUUAGGUAAUUGAAACUGUGUCUUAUAUCUAGCUAAAAAUGCAAAUUUCAUUGCAAUUUGACUAUUCCCACUGUUCGGGUAUAGAAUUUAUCAUCCAACGAAGUAUCAGCAUUGAACUGAGUUCAUUAUGGAAAUACUUUGCAAGUAAUGUUGCAUUGUAAUAUGGCACACAGUGCAUACAGUUGAUGAUUAUAUAAUCUGAGUUUUAUCUUCCUUUUUGUCUGUGAGACAAAUACUACAGUCAUUUUCUUUAUUAUAUUUUUGGAUCCCAUUAUUCUGAAUUAAACUAUGAUUGAACUAAGGUUACCAACUCCUGAAGGAUAAAAUGAACAGGACCUUAAGGUCAGAAUCCAGAGAAACCAGAAGACAGGGCCAAAAUGCCUAAGGCAGAAAACAGUAUUGUAGUGCCACUGAAAUGCUGAUCCAAACUGUACAGUUACUUUCUGUGCUUAGUGUUCACUUGCUACAAAGCAUUCUAUCUUUAUAUGAUGUUAAAAAUUGUGCAUAUUUACUAAUGAAAAUAAUUACAACUAAAUGUUAUAUAUUUCAAAAGUCAAUUGGUUAAUCUAUGACAGACAAUUUAAACUCCACACAAAGCUGAUCUCUCAAAUGAGCAAACUUAGCACUGGCUAAAUGUUGUCACAGUAUGUCUUAUAACAGUCAAGAAAACAAUUUUUAAAAAGUUACUCAUUGCAUAUUUUUCUCUUUUGUACCAUGUAUGAUGUAAAUGUGUACACUGAUCAGUUUCUGACAACCUGAUAACUUCUAGUUGUGUUAGAACCCUACAAAUACAGUUUCCCUCAGCCAGCUUACCAAAGAUGGUAGGAAGUGUAAUACAACUCAUCUGGAAGAUGCUAAGUUGUGGAAGGUCAACAGACAUCUCCUGACAAGGAUAUGCUGGAGCUCAAUCCAGUCAUAUAUGUGGUACUACUUGUGAAACAUGGUAGUGAGUUUUAAUGUAUCUGUUUGUGUGCAUCCAUAUUAAUACAUUCUGGAUUUCACCAACCAUGUCCAUUUAAAAAUAUAAUUGAUAAAAAUGUGGGAGUAAAAUUGGUUUUCAUCUCCUUGGCCAGAAGUAAAGAGAAGUCUGAGACUCCAAAGCAGCCAAAUAUGUAGCCUUCCAGCAAGUUGAUAGCUGUGCUAAUUGUGACUAGAACAGUUUUCCCAACAUUUUCAGAACUCUGACUUCCCUUACAAACUUUAUUUUUUGCUCUCCACCAGUAUAGCAUCAAUUUUGUAUAUAGUUUCAUCUGCACUGAUCCUUCACGCUGCUCAUUAGCCAUGUUGAAUAAAGUUAAUGGGAAACUGGACAGCCAUCAGUUUUCAGCUCUGCUCAACUCUGGAAUAGAGAAGUUAACUGCUGUAGAGACUUGUACUUUUCUUGCUUUGCUCUACUUUCAGUUUUGAUUAUGUGCCAUCAAUUGGUGUCAACUCUUAUUGACCAUGUAGACCUUCACAUCUUGGGUGACCCUACUGGGAUUAUAUACUCUUGGUAUAUACUUCCAGCAUUCUUUGCUUGUCCCUCUCAGGAUCACUCCUCUGCCACCAUGAUGCAUCACAUUGAAAGAUGGGGUUUAGUUUCCAUAUAAGUUUUAAAGUAAUAAUUCAUGUGUUUUCCAGCCAAUUUUGGAGAGAGAGAAAAAAGAUUUAACAGUUUCUUUGUAGAUUUGUUUUGACUGCUGAUUCAUUUUUUGAUCCUAAAGUAUCCAACAUGUUUUGCUUAUAAUGAUCAUAAAGGGAUAGAUAAAAUAUAUAAGUAUUUCUAGAAGCAAAAUUCUCCAGAUAGUUAAUAUGCAUGUAAGAAUUUAAAAAGGCACCAUUUUCUGAAAAAAAAGUUAAGUUUCAAAUCUCUAAAACAAAAAUUUGUGAAUUUGAUUACUAUGUAUCAAGUUUAUAUAGUGUAAAUGAUUGUGUUUUAAAGAAGAUUGUAGGAGACUGAAACAUCACAAUUUACUUGUAAAUUUUUCAGCCAAGAAAUUGCACAGAACUAUAAAAUGAUUGCAUGUAGCUAUUGUAAUGCUCAAAGUAAUAAAUGCUACUUCUUU